GCAGUAAGGAAAAUCAUGAGUUCAUUUUAAACCACUUACACAUAAAUUUCAUCGGAAUCCGUGAAUUCCUAUUGCCACUAAAUGUAAAGCUGAUUUGGCAAAGUUUCUCCUAUUUCACUUACGACUUAUUGAACACUUUACUAUCGGUCACGAAAAGAGAUUGUGUGCUACAACAUGUGGAUCUGAGGUGCUGUAACCAAAAUCGGCUCUUGAAUCAUCUCUUAUCAAAUUUAAAUGUCAAACAUGAUGGACGAUGAAAUGAGCGAAUAUCUUAACAAAAUGCAAAUCAAAGAAACAUCUGAAUUGUAUGUUCGGUGCAGUACAGUAUGCUUUGAUCGAUGCGUUAGCAAUUUUACUUCACGUAAAUUGAAUGAUAAGGAGACCGAGUGCGUCGAUAAAUGUACAGAGAAAUUCGCCAAAAUGAAUCAGCGUUUAACACUUAGACUAUUUGAGUUGAAUCGUGAAGAAUUAGUUAAACAGUGAAAUAAAACCACACAUUCGCCUCAGUAGCUGUACAUAAAUCUGUUGACCCGGUUGCUCUUUUCAAAAUUUUAUCGUGUUAAAUAAAACUUCUAGUAUCGUCUCAGACUUUUUUCAAAUACUUGUACAAGUUUUAUAAUCGUCCUCACAACCUAUGUGAUAUAGUCGCUAGAAAUAUACCGCUUGAGCUUCCGG